UUUUCCCUGUUGAGGCAACUUAAUCCUUUCCAAUAAGGCCACCAAAAAUGGUGAUUACUCCACGAUGCCUUUGUGCCCCUAGACCCCCACACACCCCCACUUUCAUCUUAAAUCCCUUUAAUCAUGAUUAAGCUAAAAUAAUUUUCUAUAUAACUGAUGGCAGUGUUCACCAGAAUCACCACCAAAUUCAUUACCCCAAAGAAGGAAACAGUUAAAUCAUGAAGAGAUUAAUCAUACUACUGAUCAUCACUGGAUUAGCCUUAUUGUGCCUUCAAGCAAAUGGAAGAAGACUUUUCUCAGAAGAAACUGAGAAGGAUGGAGCUUAUAACCAGCUCUUGCAUGAUACCCAGAUGAGGCUUGAUGGAGUCAAGAAAGGUGGCUCGGUACCAAAAGUUGAUGAGAAAGAAACAAGCAACAAUGCGUAUCAGGAAAACAGCAGCAGUGAUGAUCAAGCGGGUAACAGUUAUGGAAAUUUUGGUGAUCCUGCUGCAUCAUCUACUGAUACUCACCAUGUUUUCACGGAUGAGAACCGUCCUAAUCCCCACUAAAGUGUAGCCGAAGGGGGCAAUAUAUAAUUCGCUCGAUGCAGCUAAAUAAAAUUUAGCAGGGUGAUUAAUUACUGGCUUUUGUGUGUGCUGUAUCAGUUGUCCUAUGACAUGUAAAGCGUGUAUGGCCUGCAGGCUCAGUGUGUGCUUGUGUUAACAGUGUUUGCAAAUAAGAAGAACCAAUGCUAUCAUGCAUGGUUUGUUGGCUUGCUUAA